UCCGCGCCGCGGCGCGCAUCAUGGCGGCGGGCGGACGCUGAGGCCGCCAUGGGCCCGGCGGUGCUCGGGCGGCUGCGGCCGCUCCUCCCCGCGGCACCGCGGCCCGGCUGUGUCCCGCCGCCCUCCCGGGCCGCGCAGACAAGCGGUGCUGGAGCCCCGCGGGCGCGCCGCGAUCUCUACGAGGUACUGGGCGUCCCGUCCACGGCGACGGCGGCGCAGAUCAAGACGGCGUACUACGAGCAGUCCUUCCGCUACCACCCCGACCGCAACGCCGGCAGCGCGGCCGCGGCCGCUCGCUUCGCCGCCGUCAGCGAGGCGUACCGGGUGCUGGGCAGCGCCGCGCUCCGCCGCAAGUACGACCGCGGGCUGCUGAGCGCCGCGGAGCUGCGCGACGCUCCCCGGCCCUCGGGCCGCCCGCCCGCCGCCGCCCCGCCGCCGCCCCGCGCCCCCGCCUCCCGCCCGGGGCCCGUCCCGACUCCCUUCGACUUCGACGCCUUCUACCGCGCGCACUACGGGGAGCAGCUGCAGCGGGAGCAGCUGCUGCGGGCGCGGCGGGAGCAGCUGCGCCUCCGGCGGGAGGAGUUCGCGGCACAGGGACGCCUCCGGGCCCUUUCGGAUCUCUCCUUGGGGCUCUUCUUCUUCCUGGGCGUUGCUCUCAUCUACGGCCUCAAGUGACGGCGAGGCGGCCCCCGGGGUGCCCCCCCCAGCUGCACGGUGUCACCGGGGGCUGGCAGCGGGCUGGGGGUGUGCCCUGCACCACCCUGCAUCUGCUGUUCGGGCUGUGACAUUGCACCCUGCCAGUGUGACCUUCAGACACAGUGCCCUGGCUGGCACGGGAUGUGCCCUCUGGAUGCCCUCUGGGGGCACAGCCUGGGCCAGGCUGCUCAGGGUGACCUUGCAGGGGUGGUGCAGAUGCUCUGCAGGCUCUUGAUGUGCCCCCUCAGCCAACACCACCUGCACAGUGCCUGGCAGGUGAGCACAGUCCUGGACUCUGGACUGGGAUGUGUCCCCUCCUUGGCACAGCUGUGUGACCCUGGGUGCCUGCAGAGAUUAAAGGCUGUCACAGGUGCCUGGUGCUGUGUGUGUUCAAGGCUGCUCAUGCUCAGCUGUGCCUCUGGUUCCUGCUGCUGCCAGGCCUGUGCUGUCACAGCUGCUGGUACCACAUCUCUGGAGCUCCUCAUGUCCCAGCUGCAUCACCCUGUGAGAAUGGCAGGUAGAGGGGUCUUAGAUCAGACCUGAAAAAUGCAACCUGAGCCCGUGGCCUGGUCAGUGUGUGACAUUGCCUGGAGGUGUGUGACAGCACUUUGGUGUCUGCAGUCCUCUGUCCUGCCUGGGGCCUGCCAGGACCUUCACACCACCCCUCCCUCUGAGGAUGUUGGCUGUGGUGCACCUGUGAGCAGCCAGUGCUGUUCUCUGUGUCUUACACGUGUCUGAGCAUCAUUUGCACAAGAGUAUUUGCCUCUUUUAAUACUGAAGUGUUUUAAGAACUGAAGAUUGUGUUUCUGAGAACCUUUUCUCUCUCCUUGGGUGAAGGUUCACCUGUGCUAUGCUGCUGCUGCCUGGAGGGAGAGAAGCUUCCUGGCCAUGGCCUGAGUGUGCCAAGCACUGUGUGGGACACUGGGUUUGCUGUCAGUGGGGUGAGCAGGAGCCCAAGCCUUGUUCCCCCAUCUCCCAGAGCCUGGGGUGUGUUUUGUCCCAGCACAAGAAUGUUAAAAGUGAAUGCCCUGUGUCUGCAGUGUGCAUUUCUGUGAUGCUGCUCAGAGCCUGGGGCACUGCAGGGACACCCUGCCUGCAGCCUGCAUAGCAGGGGCAAGAUGCAGGCUGGGCAGGCAGUGGGGAAAGCCAGACAGGCUCUGAGAGAGCUAGAAGAGUCUGAAGCCAAGCCAAAAGCUAAAUCCAGCACACUGGACAUGCCACAGCAGGAAACAAGCACCAGGAGGCUGCAGUUGGAGGAACCAGGCUGUCCCCUGGGGGAUGGGGAACAGCAGCCCUGCACUCCCCAUCCACUGGGUGAUACUGAGGAAAGGAGCAGCAGGGCCUGGGAUGGAGCAGGCUGAGAGCUCAGGCCUCCUGUCACUCUGUCCAGUGAGGGCUGCUGGAAUGGGGGAGGUGGGUGAGGAAUGACAGAGGGCACGGUGGCCCCUGAGGGGAUGAGGAAGGUGGACACAAGUUCAGGCUGAUGUGACCAGUGGCUGCCAGGCUGGGAGCAAGCCCAGCUGGCCAUAGGGAAUAACUCUCCAUGGGGUGAGGGCUUUGCUGCUGGCACGAGGCAUCUCUGGGCACCUUCCCCAUGUGCAGGGCCAAACUGGUCCUUGGCACCUGUCCUGCUUGUGCAGGAUUGCUCAGGAUUGCUCUCUGCCUGCUCUCAGCAGCCUUGUGCCACCUCCAGCUGCUCACUAGAGGCUGCUGCAUGCUGGGACUAAGCUCAGCCCAGGGGCAGCGUGAGCUUUCCAGGGUCCUCCCUGGAUGCCAGUCUGUCCCUUCACCUGGGAUCACAGCACUGGGAUGUCACAGUGGGACACAGGAGCCUGGUCUGCCCUGCUACAGAGGGGAACUCUGGAGUUGUGGCUCUGGCACCUGCUGAUACAUUUUCAUGCUCAUCUUCAUUCUGUAAACAAAUCACUCAAAAGAUCAGAGAUAGCUUUUUGGGCAGGAUUUGGCAGGAAGCAUUACCUUCCAGGCUGGAAAAGCCAGCAGUGUCCAUGGCACUAGGGAGCACUCCUGUGGCUCCCACCCAAACAGGGGGGUUGGAGUUCCUGCUGCUUCCUCUUUUCUUCCUCCUCAGGUCUCCGUGAUGUAUCUUGAAGAUUAAAGACAUCCAGCCAUCAA